AUGCAAAAUUGUUCAAAACAUAAAGAUUAAUAAAUUGAUUUGAUUUGUUUAGAAUCAGCAUGCAAAUCACAUUUAGCUUGUGUUUAAUGUUUAAUAGAAGAUCAUUCUGAUCAUCCAGAACAAUGUUUAUUUAUAGAUGACAUUUUAAAUGUAAUUAAUAUUUAUACAUUAAUAUAGAAUAAUAUUAAAUUGGAAAACUCUAAAGUGAUUGAUUUUAUAACAAAACUUAGAAGUAAAUAAGAUUUAAUUAGUGUUGUGGAUAGAGAAUAUGUUUAAAUACAAAAUGAAAUAUUGUUGAAAUUUGAUACCUUUUAGUAUUAAUAAUAUAUCAAAUUAUUUUAGAGAAGACUUACAAGUUUAUUAUAAUCAAUUGACUCCUAAAGAAAUUCAAUAAAAAGAGAUAGAGUUUUUUGAUUUACUUAAAAAUGUUACAAAUUGCCAAGAAAUAGUAAAAUUGUAUUAAAUCUAUUAAAAUGGUGAUAUAAACAAAGUAAAAUUAAAUUAAGAAUUAAAUGCUAUAAUUAAUAAACCUGAGAUUGAAUAAAGUAAAUAAUAAAUAUUUACAAUAUAUAAAUGUUUAUUGUAACAAAGCUUAAAGUUGUAAAAGAAGGAUUUAAAUGUAUAUUGAUAUUGUUAUUAUAGUAAAUAUAAAAUGAUAUAUUGGAAACACUUUAAGAAAUACCUAAAUUAUUAUCCUUAGAGAAAUCAAUCUAAUUUUAUAAUUUGUAGGGAAUUAAAAGUACUAUUGAAAAUGGAAAUAUAAUAACAAUAACAUCAUAAGAUUAAUAAGUAGUAAUUGUAUCAUAAAAUACAUUCUCAUAUCCUAAUAAAUAUUAAUUUACUAUAUAAAUUGAACAAUAUGAUACUAGUUAAAAUUAAUAAUUAUAAGUUGGAUUUGCUCAUCAUUCUAAAUUAAUGAAUUAUAAUUAUUUCUAUAGAUAAAAUAGUAGUGCAUAUUUUGGAUUAAGUAAUACUGGCAGAAUCAAUUUCUCUGUUUAGAAACCAGAAGGCAAGAUUAUAGGAGAAUCUGUGAGAUAGUAAAUAUAUAUUCAUAUAAUUUUAGAGCUUUAAAAGAGAAAAGACCUGCUCAUAUUACAUUAUCAUUAGAUAUCUAAAAUAAAUAAUGUUUAUUAUAAUAUGAAGAUAUUAAGAUUGAAUAUAGCAAAAAAAAAUGUUCAAAAUUAGGAUUUGGAGGAGAAACUGGUGCUGAAUAAUUCUUUUAGAAAAAUAAGAAAUUUGUAUUGUUUUUUAUUGGAAAUUUGGCAGAUAUGAAAUGCAAAGUGGUUUGAA